AGUUUUAAUCUCCGCGAACUGCACCGUGGGUCAUUCCAGGGUCACAGUUGCUCAAGGGCAGCAUGGUAAUAAUGUUGGCGCACGGCAGCGUCCUUAGAGAUCGGAGAGUGGAAACACGCGGAGUGAGCGAUCUUGCGCUUCCCUUUCCCCUCCGUCCCCUCGAAAUCUCUGGCGAAUGAAAGGCGCUUCCCGCAAUCGAAGGCUCGAGGAAUCCAUGGCUUCCAAAUCCUCCGAUUCUCUUAGGAAGGAGGAAGCCAGUGAUGCCCUAAUGGCUUUAUCAUCUCAAAUAGAACAAAUUAUAAGGCACAUUGAAGCUUGCAGGACUGCUUCUAUAAAACCAUUUAUGUUGUAGGACAAGAUUGCAUUCAAUACGGAAGCUUUAGCAGCCGAAACAGCCAAACUUAAUUCUCUGGCAGAGUCGAGGAAAGACCUUUGUUCAACUGAGCGGAAAGGAGCUAAGAACAUGCUUUCAGUUAGAAUGGAAGGUGCAAUUUGUAAAUUAAAAAAUUCAGAUUCUGGAACAGGAGAUGUAAAUACUCAAGAUUCGUCAUCCUCAACCAUAAUAUUUGGAAAUGGUAGUGAAGUAAAGAAUCUUGUUCGUCCCAUCAAACUUCCUUUUGUUGAGAAGAUUCCACCAUACACAUCAUGGAUAUUUUUAGAUAGAAACCAAAGAAUGGCUGAAGACCAAUCGGUUGUUGGGAGAAGACGAAUUUACUAUGAUCAAUGUAGCAGUGAAGCACUGAUAUGUAGUGAUAGUGAGGAAGAGGUAGCAGAACCUGAAGAAGAGAGGCAUGACUUCAAUGAAAGUGAAGAUGAUAUCCUGUGGAAGAUGCUGCAGGAGCAUGGGCCAACACAAGUGGUGCUAAAUGCUCUUAGCAAGUAUAUUAAAGCAACUGAUUCGGAAAUGAAGGCAAGAUAUGACUUACUGAAGGAGAAACAUGAGGAGAAACAUACUAAAAACAAUGAUACCGAUAUAGAGAGGAACAUAUUGUUGAACAAAAGCCUUGGAACUGCACUUGAUUCUUUUGAUAAUCUUUUUUGUCGUCGUUGCUUGGUUUUUGACUGUCGCUUGCAUGGAUGUUCCCAAGGACUUAUUAUUCCUAGUGAAAAGUUGCCAUUUUCUGGUGAACUUGAUGACGUUGGAACGCCUUGCAGCAACCAAUGUUACCUUUUGGGUGAGGAAAAUGUUCAAGUAUCUCUUGCUGGAUGUGAAGCUUCUUUGCAUGGAGAGAAAUCCAUGGAUCUUGAAGGAAAUGAUGGCACCUCUGUUUCCUCUCAAAGUGAUGGUGUCAUUGGCCUGUCUGCUCCUGUUGAAGAUAUUGGUGAAAACAUGGAAGUGAUGAAGCUGGUGAAGCAUGGAAAAAAGUCUAUGAGAAAAGAUGACCCAUCUGCAGAGGACUCCAUUAGUAAAAGACAAAAGACAAUUGCUGUUUUGGAUGGUCAAGUAUCACAAGAUAAAGCAAAGGAUACUACUUGUGGGUACGAUGAUUUUGUGGCAGCUGCUUCAGAUAGCAAGGGUCAUGAUGACUCAAUAGGUGCUUCUCCUACUACAUCCUCAUCCAAAAAAUGUGCAGAAAAGCAAUCUGAGUUGACAAAAGGCUCAUCUGAGGUGGAACAAUGCAGCCAUGGGUGGAACCUCAUUGAAAAGGAGCUGUACCUGAAAGGGCUGGAGAUAUUUGGUAAAAACAGUUGCCUUAUAGCAAGGAACUUGCUUUCUGGGUUAAAGACUUGCUUAGAAGUGUCCAAGUACAUGGUUGAUGAGGGAAGUGCUCUGCAUGUAACAUCCACCAUGCUGCCUAUUUCUUGCUUGGAGGAUGUUGAGAAGGUUGAGGCUGAUUACACGGAGCAAGAGGUUCCUUCUAGAACAAAAUUUUGGCGUAGAAGGGGUCGAUCACGUAAGUUAAAGUACACAUGGAAAUCGACUGGCCAUCCACUAAUUCGGAAGCGAAUAGCUGAUGGGAAACAACAAUCCUGCAAGCAAUACACUCCUUGUGGGUGUCAAUCAAUGUGUGGGAAGCAAUGUCCAUGUUUACAUAAUGGAACCUGUUGUGAGAAGUACUGUGGAUGCUCAAAGAGCUGUAAGAAUAGGUUUAGAGGAUGCCAUUGUGCUAAGAGUCAUUGCAGAAGCAGGCAGUGCCCUUGUUUUGCGGCUGGGCGUGAAUGCGAUCCAGAUGUUUGUCGGAAUUGUUGGGUCAGCUGUGGGGAUGGAGCAUUGGGCAGCCCACCAACAAGAGGGGACAACUAUCAGUGUGGGAAUAUGAAUUUACUACUCAAACAACAACAGAGGAUUCUACUGGCAAAAUCAGAUGUUGCAGGGUGGGGAGCCUUUCUGAAGAAUCCGGUCAAUAAAAAUGAUUAUCUGGGAGAAUACACAGGCGAGUUGAUAUCCCACAGGGAGGCAGAUAAGCGUGGCAAGAUAUAUGAUCGUGCAAACUCAUCCUUCCUUUUUGACUUGAAUGAUCAGUUUGUGCUAGAUGCAUAUCGCAAAGGCGACAAAUUAAAGUUUGCAAAUCAUUCGUCAAACCCAAAUUGCUAUGCAAAGGUGAUGAUGGUGGCUGGUGAUCAUAGGGUUGGUAUUUUUGCAAAGGAGCAUAUUGAUGCUGGAGAGGAGUUGUUCUACGAUUACCGUUAUGAACCUGACAGGGCACCUGACUGGGCACGGAAGCCUGAAGGCUUCAAUUCUAAGAAAGAUGAUGGCCCUACUUCUCAUGGACGUGCCAAGAAGGUCGCCUGACGGUGAGUGGAUUUUUGUUGAUUUAACAAGUUGUUGGGGUAGGGGAAGAACUUUCAGAGAGAGGGAGGAGGGUCCAAAUAUUUGUUAUUUGUAUAUUAUGUGUAUAUCUUCUGCCAGUAUAUAUUAUGUAUAUCGCAAUUAUAAAACCGGCCUGAAUUGAAGGGAAACUUCUGAUGUCCGGUAGUCCAGUGGUCUGGAGAAAAAGAAAAAAACGUGGGUUUGUUUGUGUU